GGUCGUGUGUGCCAUCCCGUGCCGAGGGAUAUAACGUUAAAAUCCCCGCAAAACAACCCACAGUGACACUUGCUCGCGACAAGCCACGAGGAGCCCUAGGGGGAAAAAUAGCAACUGACGCGCUGCCCUGUGUAUUCGGUUAAACAGCGUUAAAAAAAGGUAGCUGACGCAUUAUAAAUUUUUCUUCUACACAAGAAGUUUAUAUAGCAGCAGACGCUCUGACCACCUUAUUUCUGAGCCGCUGCCCACUCUGGUAAACUGACCAUUGGUGUGAGAAGUUCGGACAGUACGGAAGAGAGAACUAACUUAGUUGAAAUUUCGGGCCUUGACGAGCUAUCACAAUUUCAAAUCGCUUGAACAAGUGCUGAAGCAAGAAAAGCAGGAUCAAGAAAAUAAAAACCUCUAACUUCCCUGCAACGAAGAACAACGUAAACCAUGGAGCUGUUAUUUCCGGAAGAGUUGCUAUGGAUGGUUAUAGUUGGGUUCAUCGUGGCGUUCGUUUUGGCGUUUGGCAUUGGUGCCAACGAUGUUGCCAAUUCUUUCGGAACUUCUGUCGGAUCCCGUGUGUUAACUCUAAGACAGGCCUGCAUUCUAGGGACCGUAUUUGAGGUGCUGGGAGCGGUACUGUUAGGGUCAAAAGUAUCGGACACAAUUCGAAAAGGUAUCAUUGACGUUAUGCCGUAUAACGGUACUGAAGACCUCCUAAUGCUAGGCAACGUGUGUGCACUGUCAGGUUCCUGUAUUUGGUUGCUAGUGGCAACGUUCUUUAGCAUGCCAGUUUCCGGUACGCACAGCAUUGUGGGGGCUACUAUGGGGUUCGCCCUUGUUGCGCACGGCGCCGCGGGAGUCAACUGGAAGAAAAUUGGAAUGAUAAUCGCCUCUUGGUUCGUGUCCCCCAUAUUGUCAGGCCUUGUUUCGGUGGGCGUGUUCUUCUUUGUCUAUUACUUCAUACUGUCCAAGCCGGACCCGCUGUUAUGGGGGAUGCGAUUUCUUCCCCUUUUCUACGGCGCCACCCUCACCAUCAACCUGUUCUCCGUGUUCUACGAGGGUCCGCAGAUGCUGUAUUUUCACCUGAUCCCGAUAUGGGGGACGUUCUCGGCAGCGUUCGGGGGCGGGCUGGUCUGUGCUCUUCUGGUCUGGCUGUUUCUCGUCCCUUGGCAACGGAGACGGAUAAUAGCACAGUGCGCGAAAGAACGGAAUGGUGAAACGGAGGACGAAGAAAAUCAGAUUGAAAGCGACUCUUCUAACGACCCAAAAACCGUGGUUAGUGAAGACGAUAAGGAAGCGGUGACCAAGGAGAAGCAGGCGACGGAAGUAGAACUGAAACAAAGAAUUGGAAGCGCCAGUAGCAGUGACUCGGGAGAACGGAAUGAUUUUAGUAGAGAGGACUCUUUGCCACAUUCGCCUUCCGUGAAACCCCUGCUGGGCCUCAACUUCAAGAAAGACAAAGAUGUUGACAAUGAGUCUGUCCACUCGCACAAAUCCUACCGAAGGAGCUUGCAGUAUGAACAACUUAGUAUCGACGAGGAGAAGGAAAGUGCCAGGAAGGAGGAAGGACGGGAGAACAUCCAAGAUUCACCGGAAGCCGCCAAGCUGUUUUACGCACUUCAGAUUCUGACGGCAGUGUUUGGGUCUUUUGCGCAUGGCGGAAAUGACGUCAGCAACGCUAUAGGGCCAGUGGUCGCCCUGUGGAUAAUUGGUAUAGAGGGUGAAGUUCACCAAAAGAUGGCGACACCGAUAUGGAUCCUGUUCUAUGGCGGCCUAGGGAUUUCACUGGGGUUGUGGGUAUGGGGAAGACGUGUUAUAAAGACGCUCGGAGACGACUUAACGAAGAUCACGCCGUCAAGUGGCUUCUGCAUUGAGAUAGCCUCAGCGCUGACCGUGUUGGUCGCCUCCAACAUCGGCAUCCCCAUCAGUACCACCCACUGCAAGGUCGGAUCCAUCGUCGGCGUCGGCCGUUUCCGGUCUCGCGAGAACGUGGACUGGAAGCUGUUCCGGAACAUUUUCUUCGCCUGGAUUGUCACGGUCCCCGUGAGUGGUGCAAUCAGCGCCGCAAUGUUUGCUGGGCUUCGGUUGGCGCUUUGAUAACUUUCUGCAUCAUUGCGCUUCUAGAGAUAAACGAAAAACUAUGACACGCGUUUAUGCCGGAUUGCGACCUAUGGCUCGAAUAUCGUGGACUGAAAGGCACCAUAUGACGUCACCAUAUGACGUCAUGUUUAAUUUGACGUCAUCGGACGGUACGCACAAUGGAGUCUUUGUAUCAUUAUAUAUAUAAACUCAACCUCUUUUUAGGGCUCAAAUUCUCAUUUUAAUUUUUAUCUUCAGAUCUCUUGGACCUUAUAUAGAGGGCAUGACGUUAUGGCGCAAGGUUACUUCUGAUACUGAAUCUCUGUAAAUUCAUAAUAUACAAUUUUACUCAAUUCUUAUAAUCGACGAACAACACUUUAUUUCUU